CGACCGCGCCGACAUGCUGUGCCCCGCGCGUUGCUCGUGCUUCCUCUGCCGCGAGCUGCAGUCCUGCCGCGCCGCCGACGCCAGAAAACCCCCCAACAAAAUGUCCGACAACUUCAUCCUCAAAAAAGCCGAGGCCUGGGAGCCCAUGAAAUUCAUACGCGGCGCCGCUCGCCUCUCAGUCCGGCACUGGCAGGGCCGCGAGCCCCUGACCACGUCCAAAAACCGGAUCGCCACGCAUAAGUCCACCAGCUGUGAGCAACUCUACCCUCACCCCUCGGAGGAUGAAGCGGGUCCUUUCGGAAUGAGACGGGCUCCCAGCACGGAUCGCGUCAAACCCCAAUCGGAAAACAAACCCCUUUUCAAAAUCCUCGGGAAUUCUCGUUUAAAGAAAAUAAACAACAGUGACGCUUCGGAGUCUAAAGUUCGGCGCAGUGUCCUGAACUUCAGGAAAAGUGAACCACCCAAUUCUAAAAACGUUCAUGAAAAGUAUAUCCCUCUGCCUCAGGCCUCUCCUGUUGAACAUAUUUACAGUGAACCCAAAGCAUGGAAUUCUCAAGGUGACGACUGCUGUCGACCUCCAGUGUACAAAAGCGUUGAGAAAAAGAAAGAUGAUAAUAAAGGAUCUGUAUCAGAUAAAAAAAUCUACAGUAAUCGUCCUCCGUGCUAUGAGGAAUUAGCCCAAAGACUUUCACAAGAAAAGAACAAAAAGGCUAAUCUGCCUCUUACCGAGGGAGGCUUAGCAAAUAAAAUUACCCAAAACAAUAACAAAGUAGUGAUUUACUUUGGUGAUUCCAUCAUACGGAAACACAGUGAACAAAAGAAAGAAGCAGCCAAGCAUACUGAGGAAGCGCCACAUAAGGAGGAAGUUAUUUACGCCAAUCGACUACUGGAUGAAACUGGGAAUUUAGGUCUCGGUCGAGAAGUUGACAAGGGUGGGGGAACGCAAAUGGUGUCUGAAGUGCAGGUUCCUGAAGCGAUUUACGCUGAAGUGAAAUCUGUCGAUAGCAAAGAGGCGUCCGAAUUGGUGACGAUCAAUGACGCUACGUACAAGAAGGACGUCUUCGAGACGAUGAGUUCUGAUGGUUUCCUGAUUGUGGAGUUCGAGGGAAACUACGAGCGAGCUCGUCAGCUGGUGGAGCUGAUCCACGGGUCAGCGACGGACCACCACGAGGCCACGGUCCUCGACGACGACGAACAAUUCGACUGGAGCUUCAUCCAAGGCUGGAGAAAACGGCCAUCAAGCGGCUGCCGGCCAUCGGACGACGGCGCGUGGUGCGGCGGCGCCGGCGCGCGCGCGUUACGGGUGCGCGUGAGCAGCGCCGCCGCAGCGCCAGCGCCCGCCCACGCGCGCCGCCUGUCGCCGCCGCCGCCCGCCCACCGCGCCACCACCCCGCCUAGACCCGCCGAGCCCGCUGCUAAACCGCAUCUAGAAGAGACACCUCCCAGCGCAGAAGCGGGCGAAGCGCGUGUCAAGGCACUAGGCGCGGUGUCGCCGCUCACGGCUGCCAGCGCGCCCGUGCGGGCCGCUCCGCCGCAGAGCAGCUGUGCCUUACGACCCAACCACCACCACCGGCCCGCCGACAGCGCCGCGCCCGUGCAGGCUCUAGGCGCGGUGUCGCCGCAGAGCAGCUGUUCCCUCCGUCCCAACCACCACCACCGGCCCGCCGACAGCGUCGCGCCCGUGCAAGAGACACCUCCUAGCGCAGAAGCAGGCGAGGCGCGCGUCAAGGCCCUAGGCGUGGUGUCGCCGCUGAAGAGCAGCUUUGCCCUCCGCUCCAACCACCACUACCGGCCCGCCGACAGCGCCGCGCCCGUGCAGACACAUAGUGUAGAAGCAGGCGAGGCGUACGUCAGGGCUCUGGGCGCGGUGUCGCCGCUGAAGAGCAGCUGCGCGCUGCGGCCCAACCACCACCACCGGCCCGCCGACAGCGCCGCGCCCGUGCAGAAUGGUGUCCGGGAGUGCAACAGCAGUUCGGACGAGAAUCGGUCGUCCGGGCACGCGUCGAUGUCGGACAGCGGCGGCGGCGGCGAGGCGGGCCGCGACGAGCCGCGCCGGACGAGGCAGCCGCCGCACGGGAGGACCAAGCACCGACCUCAUAAUAAGCUACAAUCGCCGUGGCCCGGUGGUGGGGGCCUGGAAGACAUCAGGUCGGCCAUCAAGCAGCUGACGCUACGCUCAAGAGAUAGUAGCAGUACCGCCACCAGUGGUGCAUCUAGUGCUGGAGGCGGCAGCAAUAAUGGAGCUACAGAGACGGGCAGCGCGGCGGAGGCGCGGCGGCGGCGCGCGCCGCUGGUGCGGCAGGCGUCGCUGGACACGGUGUGCACCAACGUCACCAGCGCCGACGAGUUCGUCUGGGUCGACUCGCACAACAGACUAGUGGAACUCCGCUGCGUGCCGUGGACAGCGAGCGAGAUCACGCGCGCAUUAGCAGCCGGCCGCUGCAAGGAUCUGGCGCCGCGUUUGGCGCCCGACGCGCCGCCGCGCCUCGCCUAUCUGCUGCAGAGGGCGCUGGUGCGCGUAUCUCGCGAGGCACAGCGGCUGGCACAGAACUUCGGUUUCUGCUCCAAGCACGAGGUGGCGGGCGCGCUGCGCAUCGUGCUUAGUGCUCCGUUGGCAGACGCCUGCAUCAAGGGCUGCCAGCGAGCGGCAACCAUGUAUGCAACCUCAGGCAGCGCUGCUCGGAGACUGGGCUCAGCAGCGCGCGCGCGCACCAGCCUUGCGCCCGGCCGCUUUCAGCGCUGGAUGCUAGAUGUACGCGUCGCUUCUGUGGUGCACGAGUACGCAGCCAUCUACCUCUGCGCGGGCAUGGAAACCUUACUCGAAGAGAUCGCGCUUGUAGCGGGUGGCACCCGCGGCACCGUGACGCCGGCGGCGGUGGACGCGGCCGUGGCCAACUGCGCCGACCUGUGGGGGCUGCUGCAGCCUUACAGCCACCUCAACGCGGGCCGAGUGGCGUCAGGUGCGCUAUCGCUGUCCCGCUGGGAGUCGAUGAGCUCGCUGGGCUCGUCGGGCUCGCGCGAGCGCCCGCUCGGGCUCAGCCACGACUCCGGCAUCACCACCAACGGCUCGGGUGGGUCGGGCACAUCAGGCGCGUCGGGCACAUCUGGCGGCAGCUCGGGCGCGUCGGUGCUGUUGACUACGUGUGCAGCCUCCGCCGCCGAGUUACGCGCCGUGCUGCGCCGCGCUACACCUAGACAUCCACCGCUCGCACCGGCUGCCGAGCGAGCGCUGUACUACUUCAUGAGAUGCGAGCAGCAGAAAAUAUACAGUGGUCGCAUCACGUCACUUGCGCCCGCUGCCGAGCGAGCGCUGUACUACUUCAUGCGCUGCGAGCAGGUAAAACGGGAUCCACGCGUACGAAGUCGCGGGCGGCCGCUAGUGUCCCAUAUGGCAGGCGGCUCGGGCGCGUCGGUGUUGUUGACCACGUGCGCAGCAUCCGCCGCCGAGUUGCGCGCCGUGCUGCGCCGCGCUACGCCUAGACAUCCACCGCUCGCGCCCGCUGCCGAGCGAGCGCUGUACUACUUCAUGAGAUGCGAGCAGCAGAAAAUAUACAGUGGUCGCAUCACGUCACUUGCGCCCGCUGCCGAGCGAGCGCUGUACUACUUCAUGCGCUGCGAGCAGGUAAAACGGGAUCCACGCGUACGAAGUCGCGGGCGGCCGCUAGUGUCCCAUAUGGCAGGCGGCUCGGGCGCGUCGGUGUUGUUGACCACGUGCGCCGCAUCCGCCGCCGAGUUGCGCGCCGUGCUGCGCCGCGCUACGCCUAGACAUCCACCGCUCGCGCCCGCUGCCGAGCGAGCGCUGUACUACUUCAUGAGAUGCGAGCAGCAGAAAAUAUACAGUGGUCGCAUCACGUCACUUGCGCCCGCUGCCGAGCGAGCGCUGUACUACUUCAUGCGCUGCGAGCAGGUAAAACGGGAUCCACGCGUACGAAGUCGCGGGCGGCCGCUAGUGUCCCAUAUGGCAGGCGGCUCGGGCGCGUCGGUGUUGUUGACCACGUGCGCCGCAUCCGCCGCCGAGUUGCGCGCCGUGCUGCGCCGCGCUACGCCUAGACAUCCACCGCUCGCGCCCGCUGCCGAGCGAGCGCUGUACUACUUCAUGAGAUGCGAGCAGGUAAAACGGGAUCCACGCGUACGAAGUCGCGGGCGGCCGCUAGUGUCCCAUAUGGCAGGCGGCUCGGGCGCGUCGGUGUUGUUGACCACGUGCGCCGCCUCCGCCGCCGAGUUGCGCGCCGUGCUGCGCCGCGCCACGCCUAGACAUCCACCGCUCGCGCCCGCUGCCGAGCGAGCGUUGUAUUACUUCAUGAGAUGCGAGCAGCUGGAACACAACAGCGGUGCGUCAGGCGGCAGCUGCGGCGCAUCUGGCCUGUGGGGCGAGCGCGGCGCCGGCGCUCUUCCGCCGUUGGCCGAGUGGGUGCGCGUCAUACGCGCGCACGCUGCCUUGAGACCACCGCCCGCUGUGCCCGAUGCUGACGAUGUACUACAGGCUGCGAGACUACUGCUGCCUCAUGCCGACUGCCCGCCCAGACCUAUCACUAUCGAAGAAGCAAUAGAGCCCUCCUGGUCCCGUUGCGCACGUACCUCCGACGAGCUCAGCCGCGCGGCGCUAGGGCUUGCCCAACGGGCCCUUCUGUCCGGUCGGCCCGAACUAGUGGGCGGCGUGCGGGCCCUGCUGCCUCCAGCAGGCUUGGACGCCAUGGACGCAUCUGGAUUGACGGUGCUGAUGAAAGCCGCAUUAGCUGGAGACGACCAGAUCGUGGCGGUGAGUGCUGCUGGAGCGGGCGCGGACCCGAGCGGGGAGUGCGGCGGGUCGUGCGGCGCGCACGUGGCGGCGGCGCUGUCCCCGCGCGCGCCGCCCUACGCGCCGCCCUACGUGCCGCCCACCGCCGGUGCUGCUGGAGCGGGCGCGGACCCGAGCGGGGAGUGCGGCGGGUCGUGCGGCGCGCACGUGGCGGCGGCGCUGUCCCCGCGCGCGCCGCCCUACGCGCCGCCCUACGUGCCGCCCACCGCCGGUCAGUGCUCACUUGUACAGGUGCUGCUGGAGCGGGCGCGGACCCGAGCGGGGAGUGCGGCGGGUCGUGCGGCGCGCACGUGGCGGCGGCGCUGUCCCCGCGCGCGCCGCCCUACGCGCCGCCCUACGUGCCGCCCACCGCCGGUCAGUGCUCACUUGUACAGGUGCUGCUGGAGCGGGCGCGGACCCGAGCGGGGAGUGCGGCGGGUCGUGCGGCGCGCACGUGGCGGCGGCGCUGUCCCCGCGCGCGCCGCCCUACGCGCCGCCCUACGUGCCGCCCACCGCCGGUCAGUGCUCACUUGUACAGGUGCUGCUGGAGCGGGCGCGGACCCGAGCGGGGAGUGCGGCGGGUCGUGCGGCGCGCACGUGGCGGCGGCGCUGUCCCCGCGCGCGCCGCCCUACGCGCCGCCCUACGUGCCGCCCACCGCCGUGCUCGGCGUGGUGAUCGAUUCGGGUCUUUUGUUCACGCAGCAUGCACAGGACAUUGUGGAGCGCGCAGCCAAAUGCUUCGGGAAGGUUUCGCGUGUGUCUGCGUCCUCCUGGGGCAUUCGAAACCCCGGUCUGCGCAUUCUCUACCAGGGAACGUUCGUUGCCACGCUUGUGUAUGCUGCGGCGUGUUGGUUCGAGCGGGUCAAAGUCCAGUCGGUAGGCGGGAUUGUCCUGAGGGGGCAGAGGCCGGCACUCGUGCUGCUGACGAAGGCCUACCGGUCUGUCAGCACGGCCGCGCUCUCGGUCUUGGCCGGAGUGUUGCCCGCCGACCUCGAGGUGGAGUAUGCUGGACGGACGGCUGUACUGAGGACGCGCCAGCUCGCGACCCUGGACGAGAUGAGCAGUCGAAAACGCGAUAUACGGGAUUCGGUGAUCGUAUUUUGGCAGCAGCGUUGGGAGCAGGAGACCAAAGGUCGUGAGCUCUAUCAGUUCUUCCCGGAGGUGGCCGGUAGGCUCAGCAUGCGCUGGGUCCAACCGGACUAUGUGACCUCGCAGAUACUCACUGGAGGACACGGGUGCUUCAAUAAAAGGCUGAGCGACAUGAAGCUGCGAGAGGGGAGUAUGUGUGAGUGCGGCGAGAGUGAGGAGGACAGGCACCACGUUCUGUGGUACUGUCCUCUGUAUGAAGACCUGCGGUGGGAGAUGCUGAGUGGGAUAGCGCUCUCGGAGGGCUACGGUCCUGCGUGGUACCCUGAUCUUGUCAGCUCGGAGGCGAACUUCGCGCGGCUGCGAGGAUUCGCGCACGCGUGGCACAGAAGGCGGAACAGCCAGACGCCUAGCGGCCAGGCGCCGGAUGGUGCCAACGUUUUAGUAGAGUGGGAGAAGGGGGAGAGUGGUUGGACAGCGCUAGUAUUCGCGUGCGCGGGCGCCGGCGCGGGCGGCGGGGCGGGCGGCGGCGGCGCCUUAGAGUGCGCGCGGAGGCUUCUCGGCGCCGGCGCUCGGGUGGACGGCGCGCCGGCGAGGGGAGAUGACGUGUGCACGCUCACGCCGCUGCAGUGUGCGCGGAGACUCCUCGGCGCCGGCGCACGCGUAGACGGCGCGCCGGCGAGGGGAGACGACGUGUGCACGCUCACGCCGCUGCAGGUCGCAUGUGGCGUCGGCAAUUUGGAGUUGGUCCAGUUGCUACUGUCUCACGGCGCCGAUCCGUUCCUGUCCACACAACUCAACGACGCCUUGUGCUACUCGGCGGCCGCGCAGUACGGGUGCUAUAGCGCGGUAGCAGUAUGCUGUACGCACGGACGACGCGCGUGCCUCCGCGCAGCCGUGCGGGGCGGCGCGCGGGGCGCGGGCGCGGGCGCCGUGCUGUCGCUGGAGGAGGUGCUGGCGGAGGGCGCGGCGGGCGCGGGAGCGGGCGCGGAGCCGGCGCGCGCGCCCUUCAGCAAACAGCAGCAGCGCGCGCUGCAGGACGCCAUGUACUGUGCCGCGGAGACCGACCACUUGGAUAUAACACUGGAAUUGCGCGCGCUAGGAGUACCUUGGUCGUUGCACGCGUGGACGCUGUCGCUCGCGGCUGCCGCCGACGCCUCACUAGACCACGUCAUAGACCAGCUUUUACAAGAUUUCUUACAGGUGUGCCCGUCAGAUGACAGUCAUUACAGCAAACAGUUCAUUUACGAGUGUCUUCCUCUGCUGUUCAAUAUUUUAAGAUACAGCAAGAAGGAGGGCACGGUUCUGCUGCUGGCAGACAUACUGUGCGCGUGCUACGGCUGGGAGCCCGUGCCCGGCGUGGCCGAGCCGCCGCCCGCCGCGCCCGCGCCCUCGCGCGUAGACCCCUCCUACGUCAACAACCCCUCGCUGGCUGACGUCACCUUCAGGGUGGAAGGUCGUCUGUUCUACGGGCACAAGAUAGUUCUAGUGUCGGAGUCGCCGCGCCUGCGAGCCAUGCUGGCGCCCGCGCGGGCAGGCGAGGCCGGCGCGCCUCCGCUGGUGCAAAUCAAUGACAUAAGAUACCAUAUCUUUGAGCUAGUGAUGAAGUACCUGUACUCGGGCGGGUGCGGCGGGCUGGACAUCCCCGACGGCGCCGUGUUGGAGGUCCUGGCGGCCGCCGCCUUCUUCCAGCUGCUGCCGCUGCAGAGGCACUGCGAGGCGCGCGCCGCCCGCUCCGUCGCGCUACACAACCUCGUCUCCGUCUACAUACACGCCAAGGUCUACGGUGCCACUCAGCUCCUCGAGUAUUGCCAAGGAUUCCUCCUCCAAAACAUGGUGGCGCUGCUGACAUACGACGACUCCGUCAAGCGCCUGCUGUUCGGCAAGCGCCUGCCCGGACACAACGUGCUGGGAGCGCUGCUCACGACGCUCCAGAAGCGGAUCGAAACCAGAAAGUCCCAAGCCAAGUCUAGGUAGCAACGGUCGUCCACUCCAACAUCAUUUUGUUUGUUAUAAUAUUAUAUUUAAUUCGUGUUAGGUACAAAAACAUUGAUAGUAAUCGAGAAAAUUCUAAACUAUAUUAUGUUAAUAAACGUUGGACUGAUUGGAAAAUGAUACCUUUAUUUUUAUGUAGAUACAUGAUAGACUACAGAUAAAGUACAAUAUUAUUUAGACUAUUGUAUUAAAUGUAAUAAUAUUUCAUUUUGAUUACAUUUCUCUAUACUAUUUAGUGAAUGGCAAAGUAUUAUGACAUUGUAACAAAAAUGUAAUUAUUGUUGAAAUAAAGCUUUAUGUUGUCAAAAAAGUUGUUUGACGUAAUUUUAAUGUUGAA